AUGGAUGAAAAUAAAACAAAAAAUAAAAUAAAAGUUUUAAAUGUUUUUCAAAAUGAAGAAUUAGUAAAAAGUAAAGAAAAAUCCCAGCACUUUAACAAAUUUGAAUUUGAGAAGGGAAUCAUACUUAAUGCAAUCGUGUCCACACCAUCGAAUAAAAGCACCAAAAUAGACGAAAAAAAAGAAAAGGAAAAAAAAAAUUGCAUAAUAUUUCGAGAACAAUGUGAAUAUUGUCUAACUAAUUUUUCUAUAAGUGGUCAUUUGAUUCUAACAAAAGAGUCUUUAUUAUUUGAACCAGAUUUAAGAGAUAAAAAUGUGAUAACAGAUGGAUUUGGGACAUAUCAAAUAUUUAUAGAUUUAUAUGAUAUUUAUGAAUGUGCUCACAUUGUAGUUCCUACAAAAGAUACUUAUUUAUGUAAUAAUGAAGAUACUUGUGGUUUUAUACAAGUAUUAUUAAAAAGUAUAUAUACAAGAAUAUGUGAUGAUCAAACUCAUAAAAAAGGGAAUCAAAUAUCAAAUUAUACAACAAAUCAUGGAAAUGAUAAUUCAAGUAAUAAUAAUAAUAAUAAUAAUUAUAAUAAUUAUAAUGAUGAAAAUAAACAAAAGAGUAUUUCAUAUUAUAAAUAUAUAAGUAAAAGUUUAUCUUAUGUCUUUAAUUUAGCUCAGCCACUAGUUACAACUAAUACAACAUUCAAAGAAAAUAAAAAUGAUAAAGUACAAAAUUUGGAAGAUAUAAUAUCUGAUGUUUCAUUUAAAGGAGGUGGAACUGCAUAUAAUUUUAGCGGUACACAAAAUAAUAUAAAUAAUGCAAAUAAUAUAAAUAAUGCAAAUAAUAUAAAUAAUAUAAAUAAUACAAAUAAUACAUCUAAUGAUUUGUUUAAAAAUAAUAUAAAUAAGUUUAACACGACAAUAUGCGAAAAUCCAAAAAAUAAUAAUAUCAAUAAUAUUGUUUUACAGAAUGAUGAACAUAAAGUUAAUAAAAAUAUGCUUUCCUUUGAUAUGUCCACUUCUUAUAAUAAUAAUCAUAAUAAUAAUAAUAAUAAUAUUGUUGAUCAUUUACAUGAUAGUGAUUUAAAAAUUUAUCAAAAAAUCAAUGAAAUUAAUUAUAGUACAGUUAUUCCUUCCUAUCCUGAUAUUACAUAUAAAAAUAGUUUAAAUUUAGCUAACUCGCAAUCAUCUUUCAAGGAUGAUCUUUCUAGUGAUUGUGAUAAGAAAAAUAAUAAUCAAUAUAAAAAGAAAAACGAACAUGGAAGGGGAAACGGAAAGGAAAAAGAAAACGAAAAGGAAAAGGAAAAAGAAAAGGAAAAAGAAAAGGAUAAAGAAAAAGAAAAAGAGAACGAAAAAGAAAAAGAAAAACAAAUUUUAAAGGAAAACAAGGGCUCGUUCACCUUUUCAAGUGAUUCUAAUAAUAACAUUUUGAGCGAUACAACUCAAAAUGUGAAACAAAUAAAUCCAUAUGAUAACAACAGAGAUAAAUCCUUAUAUGAACGAACGAAAGAAUGUAACACACAUAAUUCUACAUAUAUGAAUGAGGAUAAAAUAGUUAAUAAAUCUAAUAUAAAGAAUGAGGAUAGUAGUAAUAUAUAUUUUAAUGAGAACAUUAAAGAAAAUAAUAAAAAUGAUUUGUUAGAUGAUAAUAAAUCUAAAAAUGAAAUGAAAGAAAAAAAAGGUGGAGAUAAUAUAAAAAGAGAAGAAACAACAUAUACCUUAUAUGAUCAAAAUGGUUCAUGUUCAAAGACAUUAUUAAAGAAUAUUUCUUUUGAACUUCCAAAUGAAGAAAGGCAUAAUAAAUUAAAUAUUUCAUAUAAUAAUAAUAAUAAUAAUAAUAAUAAUAAUAAGGAGAGUUCGUGCACAUCCAAUACAAAUGAACCAAACGAAUUAACAAGAAAACCACAUAAAAAAUAUGAAGAGAAAAGCUUUAUAUUAUUCAGAUUUUUUAAUAAUAAUAAAGCUUAUGAAACUACUACUAAAAUUAUUAAAGAAAUUGAUAAAGUUAGAGAUUCUAAAAAUAAAAUGAGAAAAACAAUAACAUCAGUUCCAUAUACGUCUAAUGAAUUAUUAAGAUCUAUUAUAGAAAAAUCAUUAAUAGAAAAUAAUAAUAAUAAAAAUAUUCCAAAGAAAGCCUCAAUGAAUGAUAUUAAUGAUUUGAAAUAUUUAGCUUUGAUACCAAAGUUAGAAUAUAUAAAUGGAGCUGUUAAAUUAUUAAAUAAAGAAAUGACAAAACAAAUUAAUUAUUAUUUACCUCCUACCUUAAGUAUUAAGAUAUGGAAACUAGCUUUUUGUUCAAGUAUACAUGGUGUUUCAUUUAAAACAUUAUAUAGAAGUGUAUAUAAUAAAGGUAGUGUUAUUUUAUUAAUAUAUGAUAUGAAUAAUGUUCUUUUUGGUUAUUUCCUAAAUAAAUUACAUUGUGAUAAUUGUUAUUAUGGUUCUGGAGAAAAUUUCUUAUUUACUUUCAAAAAUAAUAAGUUAAAUAAUAACAAUAAUUAUACAAAUUAUAAAUGUAUAGAAUCAUCAUAUGAAGACUUUUCGAAACCUACAUUAGAACAUAUACAAAAAAAAAACCAAAAUAAUCUAUCUAAAAAUCAUUGUUUUACACCUUCUAAUGUCACUUCACAAGAUAAAUUAAUAGUACCUUUUGAUUAUAAUGAUGAAUCUUCAAAUACAAAUGAUUCUAAUAUACCACAUAAUGAUCAUAUUUCAAAAGCCCUUGAACACACGAAAACAUUAAAUCAUGUAGAUAUGUUGGAUGAUGAAUUCUCCAAAAAAAAUCAUAACUACAGUGAAAAUACGUUGAAUGAUGAUAAAAGUAACUGUUCAGAUAUACAUAGUAAUAACAACAACAACAAUAAUAAUUAUGACAAUAAUAAUAAUAUGUUUGAGAAAAAUAUGUCUAGUAAUGAUAGCUGUCUAUUUAACAAAAUUAAUAAUGCUAAGACAAAAACACCAGCUUUAUCGACAAAUGACAAUCUCAAUAAUAAUAAUGAAAACGAUAAUGCAUCUAUUCAAGUCUAUGCCUGGACAACCAAAAAUAAUUAUUUUGUAUAUUCAGAUGAAAAAUCUAUUACAAUUGGGGGUGGAGAUAACUACGCCCUCGUUAUUAAUGAAGAUCUAUGUAAAGGACAAACAAAUAAAAGUAAGACAUAUGAUAAUGAUUUAUUAACAUAUGAUGAAGAAUUUGAAAUUCAAUUUUUACAAUUAUGGGUAUUUGACGAUUGUUAA